UAAUUUGCUAUACGACGACGAAUAAUUGAGUUUUCUUCACAGGCAUAUGGCUGCUGAUCAUAAUAAUAAUUUGAAGCCAGGAAAGAAGAUAACAGUGCUGAGCAUUGAUGGAGGUGGGAUUAGAGGUAUCAUUCCUGGUAUCAUUCUUGCUUCUCUUGAAUCUAAACUUCAGGAUUUGGAUGGACCAGAUGCAAGAAUUGCAUAUUAUUUUGAUAUACUUGCAGGGACAAGCACUGGAGGGUUGUUAACCACCAUGCUUACAGCUCCUAACAAAGACAAAAGACCUAUGUUCCAAGCAAAAGACAUGGAAAAUUUCUAUUUAGAACACUGUCCCAAGAUUUUCCCACAGAAAAGUCGAAAUAACUUCAUUGACUCGAUCACAAACUUUUUUGGUGCUGUUUUGGGGCCAAAAUAUAAUGGAAAAUAUCUGCAUGAACUGACAAAUCAGUUGUUAGGAGACUUGACCAUAAAGGAAACCUUGGCGAAUGUGAUUAUACCUGCGUUUGACAUAAAGCUUCUUCAGCCAGUCAUCUUCUCAACAGAUGAUGCGAAAGUUGAUGCUUUGAAAAAUGCUAGGCUAGCUGAUAUCUGCAUCAGCACCUCUGCAGCUCCAACUUUCUUUCCACCACAUUCCUUUACCACCAAGGAUGAUCAAAGGACUCGCACUUUUGAACUUAUUGAUGGUGGGGUUGCCGCCAGCAAUCCUACAUCACUAGCAAUAAGUCACAUCCGUAAGGAGAUCUUAAUGGAGAACCCUUUGUUCAGCGAUGCAAAGCUGACGGAGAGCAAGAGCAUGCUGGUGCUGUCCCUUGGAACUGGCACAUCCAAGUUUGAAGAAAAAUACAGAGCAGCCACUGCAUCUAAAUGGGGUUUGAUCAAUUGGGUCUUUGACAAUGGCAAGACACCAUUGCUUGACAUUUUCUCUGAUGCUAGCUCAGAUUUGGUCGACUUCCAUGUCUCCACCCUUUUUCAAUCCCUCCUCCAUUCCAAGGAUUAUUAUCUUCGCAUUCAGGUUGAUAACCUGACAGGCGAUGAAUCAUCGGUUGACAUCGCAACCAAGGAGAAUUUGCAAAGGCUUGUGGACAUUGGAAAUGAGCUCCUGGAGAAGCCGGUGUCAAGGGUGAAUCUGGAUAACGGCAGGUUUGAAACCAUUCCAGGGGCCCCUACUAAUGAAGCUGCUCUAGCUGAAUUUGCAAGGCUUCUCUCAGAGGAGAGAAAGCUCCGACAAAUCAACAUUAACUGAAAGUUGGCAUUUGUUAAAUUAAUUUUUUGUUUUGAAGUGGUUAGUAAAUUCAUUAUAUAGUAAAAGUUUCAUAAUGUCUAUUUCGGUUUAAAAGCAAAAUUUCCUUGUAGUGUGAAGUGAA